AUGUCUCGUCUCAGCAAGCUUGGGUACAACCUCUCCCCUUCCUCCCUCCCCUCUUCCUUCUCCGGCUUCAAGCAUCGCCGGACCCUGACGGUUCCUUGCAAGUCUUUCGUGUCAGACUGUUCGCCCAUCCGUUCAGCUGGCGCCUCUUCUUUCGCCGAGGUACGUAGAGGUACAUAUCUUUCCACUCGGUCUUCCCGUGCUUCUGCAACUGCCCCUGCUCCUGCUCCUGCACGUUCCGCACCUUCCCUUCCGGCUCCUUCUACUCGCUUUGUUCGUGCACCUGUUCCAGCUCGCACUGGGACAGGUGCCACUCUCACCCGCAGCCUUCCUUCGCAGAGUCGAGGAGCUGCUCAACAGGACGGACCCCUUGACGUCGUCCAUUCCAUUAUGGAGAGAGCUCGACUCCGAUCUCAAGCCCUUCGUUCCCGCUAUGGUCUCCCAGAGAGACUGCGAUUUGACCCUAGAACCCAAACCCGGGUCGAACAAUCUUCCACUUCUCUUGAUCCGACUACCAGACCCACCCGUUUCGCCGAGCGCAUCCGCAUUCUCGCCGAAGAAGCAGCCGCUAGUUCUGCCAACCGCCGCGCCACUCUUUCGAAAUUCGCUGCCUUCGAUGAAGUUGUCGCCCGUGUCAGAGCACGAAAACAGUCGACACCUUCCGCUCCUCCCCUUGACGCCACUCAUCCUGUCACUCGCGCGAAUAGAGUUCGUCCCUCCGUUCUUCCUGUCAACGUAGCUCGUCCUGUCACUAGAUCAGAUCGAGUCCGUCCCUUUGCUUCUUCUAUCGACACCACUCGUCCUAUCACUCGUCCUGUCCCUAGCUCAGAGCGAGUCUGUCCCUCCGCUUCUUCGGUCUUUGACCGCAUCUCCAACCUUCACAUCGCCCAGGCUGAGCGGCGCCGUUGGAUCGACGAGAUGAUCGCUGAGCAAAAAGAACGUGCUUUAAUUCAUGCCACUACUUCCGCCGCCAUCGAGCAAUUCCGAGCCAAGCAUCAGGCACGACUCCCCAACCGAUCCUGCGAGGGACACCUGACGUCUCGGCGCCCGGCCCCGACCAACAGCACCCGAAAUACGGCUAUUCCACCAGCAGAUCCGGUACGUACGCGACGCUCGAACCCGCCAGCCGACCGGCUCCGCAAGGAUAAGCCAGCGAAGCGCGUUCGUUUCGGAGAUGUUACGGUACGGCCUGUAUCCCGCUGGAUCGUCAAGUCGAGGCACGUGCACAAACGUAGUGUCUAG